ACAAGCUUUGAGUACCCGAGCGGGUUGCAGCUUGUAUAUCCGAAACAGGCGUCUGUUAACACAUUAAAAGCCCGGCUGAUUGGAUCUGAAGGUGCUGUGGAGGAAAAAUAUAUCAGCUUCGCAAUGCAUAUGGUGGAAGAUGAUGACGAUUCUCCGUUCGAAUGCGACAUCGAUUUGGCCCCACUCAUUAAGCGACCUCUGGAUGACGUCGACAAGGAUCCCACAAAGUAUGGUGUGAAACGGAAAUGCACUCCUCGUCUUGUCGUCUGCCAUGCAUUCUUGCUGCUGAUGGCACUGGCUUUGAUUUUCACGGGAUUGUUAUUCCUACCAUGGUUUGUAGAGCGAAUGUAUGGCUACCUUAUACAUCGCGUUUUCGUUUUGGAUCCUAAUUCACGCCUAUAUCCAGAGUGGCAACGCCCAUCCCUACCCAUCUAUCAAAACGUUUACUUCUUUGACAUUCAAAAUCCGGAUGACCUGAUGAAUGGUCAAAGGCCAAAGAUCGUUGAGAAGGGACCAUAUUCAUACAGGAUGGAGUUAGCUCGAGACAACGUUAGUUUUCACGAUAACGAUACAGUGUCUUAUCUUCUUCGCUGUCGAUACUAUUUUGAUGAGGAACGUUCGGUGGGACCUGAGUCGGAUACUGUUACCGCCCUCAACUCACCGUUACUGACGACUGCUCACAUGAUGGAGAACUACCAAUUCCUGGUUCGUACUGCUAUCCGUGGUCUCCUUUACGAGCUCGACGAGCGACCCGUCGUCACGAAGACCGUCUCUGAGAUCAUGUGGGGAUACCAAGAACCUCUUCUUACCAUGGCCAAGCAGUUCCAGUCUGUUCCACCCGAGUUCGAGUCUGGGCAGUUUGGAUACUUUGUUGGGCUCAAUACGUCAUACGUUGGUCAAUUCAAUGUGUACACUGGACAAGAGAACGAGAAUUUGAUCAACCUCAUUGAUAGAGUAGAUGGUAGGAGCAACCUUAAUUUCUGGUGGUCAGAAGAAGCAAAUAGUGUCAAGAACAGCACAGAUGGUUCGGUGUAUCACCCGAAUGUAGAGAAGACGGAGACUCUCUCGAUGUAUCAACCUUCUCUAUGCAGGUCUGUGUCGUUCGAUUUUGUGAAGGACUCCAGCUACAGAGGCAUUCCUCUCCUCAAAUUCGGUCUAUCGCCCUCUACGUACCAGAACGCAACAGCUUUUCCUCCAAAUGAGGGAUUUUGUAGCGGCCACCGACGGCUGUGUGGGCCAUCGGGUGUUAUGCGACAAGACCCUUGUCGAUUUGGGAGUCCAGUUGCGAUAUCGAAUCCUCAUUUCUUUGGGGGUCAACAAACUCUGUUUGAUGACGUCGAUGGUUUGUCACCAAAUGCAUCGCUUCACGAAAGCUACAUGGAAAUAGAACCGAAAACCGGCAUGCCCUUUGUGAUGAAGUUUCGUGUUCAAAUCAAUAUGUAUAUACAUCCAGUAGAUGGGCUUGGAGAGACCGAGAGACUCCGUGAGAUGUACUUACCACUAUUGUGGAUUGAUCAGAGCGUAGAAGCUGAUGAUCGAAUAGUCGGCGAGUUUAAGUUCGGCUUCGUGAGGUUAUGGAACCUCAUCGUCGGAGUCGAAUGGCUGUUGUUCGCUAUCGGAGUCAUCAUCCUACUCAUCCUACUGGUGAGGUCAGCGAGGAUCGCGGUGAUAUCCGAUGAUGUCGAGAAAGAUAAAGAGGACAUAACUGGAAACAACAACUCAAUAAAUAGACGAGAGAUAAAAACGAGGGAAAGAGAAGACAACUGUGUAAUGGCCUAAAAAUAACAAUGACCAUGAUGAUGUUCUCGAAGAACACAUCUGUCACUGAGACAAGUUGAUGAAUUAGUGAAGCCCGUCUCAUUCAGCAUUAAUGCUCGAAGCGCCUCUUUAUCAAACCCAAGUACAGCCAUAUAGCACAUUCUACUUUACAGGAUACCAUAACAAAUUGGAAUUAAUUGAAGCCAUGGCAUAAGACACGAUAACAUUGUUUGUUUUACAGACCCCGUAACAUAAAGCUUAGCGAUUGAUAAUGGGACUGGUUUCUUUGAUUGCAUUGAUUAUUGUGUAUGAUCAGUCGUAAAAAUCAUCCCCAAGAUCAAUCGCUGAGAUUCAUGAUACUGGGUCCAUAUUAUCCAUUUCAGAGGAAAGCAGGGGGAAGGGUUUGAGUAUACAUGUGUUUGGAUGUAAUAUAACUUUAGGGUGUUUGUCAGAAGGGGUGGGCAGCGGGGGGGGGGGGGGGACGGCGGAGGGUGGAGGAGCGGGUUCAAUCUGUAACGGAAAUUGUAUGCUGUCUCCCACCAACAGAUGAAAUCCGAUGAAAUUUAUGUCAAAUUAUGGCAAAGUGAUUACGUACAAAAAAAAAAUCCGUAUUGGUCAUAGAUUAUGAUAUUUCAUAACAUCCCAGAAUAUAAAGGUAUUUACGAGGAUUAACAGUCGUAGAUAUUAAGUGAUCCAUCAAGUGUGUACAAGAAUAUCACGGAUAGUCAAUUCAACUUUAUUACUGCUCGCACUGAUUAAUAGAUCUGUAGAUAGAUUACCUCACCGUGUUCGUCGUGUAAUUGAUGAAGAAUGAAUAAUUAUUUAAAUGAAUGAAUAUGACAUUAUUCGAAUGAAUAAUAAUAAAUUCCUAUUAAACACA